CGAUAUAGGAUUGUUUGGCUUCCUCUUAAAAAUGGCUGCUGUACUGGAUGAAGUCGGCAAAUCUGCGGAAAAAUUAGUAAACGAGGAAAGGGAUGAAAUUGUUGACGAAGAAGAUGAAGCUGGUGCAGUAGAAGCAUCGAAGAAGAAGAAGAAGAAGAAAAAGAAGAAGAAAGCCGGAGCUGGUGAAGCUAGCGCAGACGUUCCAGAAGGAGAAGUAGAGGAGGAUAAAGCAAAAGAGGACAAUACAGCAGGCGAUGAUGGUGGUACCGAAGCAGCAGAGAAUGAUGCGGAUACAGAAGAUGCCAAAAAGAAAAGGAAGAAACGUAAAUCACGUGGCAAGGCUGGCGGUGUUAAACAGCAAACAGAUCCACCAUCUAUUCCUGUAUCAGAAUUAUUUCCUGAUGGAAACUUUCCGGUAGGACAAAUAAUGGAUCAUCCUUCUGCAGCAGGAGUAGACGAUAGAACAGCAAAGGAACGUUUUUCAAGCGAGGAAGCACGCGCUUUUGAUAGAAUGCAUAAUGAUAUAUAUAACGAGGCAAGACAGGCGGCUGAAGCUCAUAGGCAAACAAGGAAAUAUAUUAUGAAAUGGGUGAGAUCAGGAAUGACAAUGAUAGAGAUUUGCAACGAACUGGAGAAUACGGCUAGAAAAUUGAUAGGAGAAGAUGGAUUUAAAGCCGGGUUAGCAUUUCCAACUGGCUGUUCUCGAAACCAUUGCGCUGCUCACUAUACACCAAAUGCUGGUGAUCCAACUGUCUUGGAAUAUGAUGAUGUUACCAAAAUAGAUUUUGGUACACACAUAAACGGCCGGAUUAUCGACUGUGCAUUUACAUUGGCAUUUAAUCCGAAAUACGAUAAGCUUAUUGAAGCAGUGCGAGAUGCUACGAAUACCGGAAUUAAAGCAGCUGGAAUAGAUGUUCAACUUUGCGAUGUUGGUGCUGCAAUUCAAGAAGUUAUGGAGUCAUAUGAAGUUGAAUUGGAUGGUAAAACUUAUCAGGUGAAAUCCAUAAGAAAUCUUAACGGCCAUUCGAUUGCUCCGUACCGUAUUCAUGCUGGAAAAACUGUACCAAUAGUUAAGGGAGGUGAAGCUACCAGAAUGGAGGAAAAUGAAUUUUACGCGAUUGAGACUUUUGGAUCCACCGGAAGAGGAAUUGUACACGACGAUCUAGAUUGUUCUCAUUACAUGAAGAGCUUCGAUGCCGGUUUUGUUCCGCUGAGAUUACAAAGCAGUAAAUCAUUGCUUAACAUGAUCAACAAGCAUUUCGGUACUCUGGCUUUUUGUAAACGAUGGUUGGAUCGCGUUGGUUGUACAAAGUAUCAGAUGGCUUUGAAGGAUCUGUGCGAUAAAGGCGCGGUCGAAGCUUAUCCACCUUUGGCCGAUGUGAAAGGAUGUUACACUGCUCAGUUUGAGCACACCCUUGUUCUACGUCCAACAUGUAAAGAAGUAAUUUCCCGUGGUGACGAUUACUAAAAUGUCUAUUGUUUUGAAUCCGUGUUACGUAUACUCGUCGAUACUUUUUGUCUGGGAAUGUACAAGUUGGUCUGUGUAAAAUCACAUUAACGAUAAAUGUUACUAAUUGAUAACGCGAUGUUUAAUUAUAUCACCUAACAGUACUUUAUUUUCAUUGUUUUUCUUUGAUCAGCACAAGUAUCGUAACUGUAAUAAUCGAAGUCAAUUUCGUUCAGAAUUGUGUUCAAUAUUUUUUCUUCAAUGAACUUAUCAUAUUCCGUGGAUGGGUGAAAGUGAAAGAAAAGAAAAAAUAUUUUCGAUGUCGAAUAAAAUAUAUUUAAUACUUUAAUUGUUACCAAUGAAAAUUCAAGCUAUUACGGUUGGUUUGCAUUGAUCAGAAUCGAAUGCACUUAAUGUAGUAGUGCUAGAAUUCAAAGUUACAAAUAGUAUCUCAGUUUGCUAAUCAUUUAUCUCACUGUUUCAUGUAAUUGUACGUUAUAUGUAUUACGUUAGGGAAACAAUAGAAUCGAGUGUACUUUAUUAACCCUUCCAUUGCGGAUGGCGUACAUAAAUGUCAACGAAUGUCAUUUCUUUCAAGAACAUCUACAGAGACUAUUACAGAGGCGUUGACUUACGACGUUCCUACGAGUAUAUCGAUUAAAACGGUAUGACAUAACAACACAUGUUUUAUUUUCUUCUUGAAUCAUGAACAAUGGAAUAUAAUAAAUGCUGCUACAUCAACCUA